AUGAGGUUACAUGUACCAAAUGGGAUUAAGAUUGAGCACGUCGAGAUAAAACGAAACACCGAUUUCGAAGGAUCCCUCUUGGGGAAGUUUGUUAAGAUGUGCUUCUACGACCAAAAAAUAUUCGCUUGUGGUGAUUGGAAAUGGACACAGUUUGCUCACCAAUGCAGUUAUGAGAACCGUACCGGCGAGACAUGUGGUCUAAAAAUGAUCAACAUGGCAAGAUACGAUUCAAAUGAUUGUCGGAUCUGUAAAAAGAUUCAAACUAAGAUCCGUCGACGUCAGCGAGAGCUACAGCGACUGCAACGUUGGAGUCGUGAGGGGAGAGGUCUAGUAGCAACAAUCAACCGCUCACAACUACUCGUCAGCGAUCUCGAAGAAGAGAUCUCUCAGCUACAAAAGCGACGGUACUACAGUAUAAGGAAAAAGUGCUCUUCCGGAUCAAAAGAAAUCUCAGCUUCUACAAAACUCAAGCGGACAGGGCAUCAUGUGAAACGAGAUACGGAGCUAGGAUUUUAG